CUCCUUCAGUGUUUCAAGCCUCCUCCAGCGUUUCUCUCGCCACCCGCACUCUACCUCACACAAUGUUCGCUCGUCUCUCUACUGCUCUCCUCGCCUUCACCCUCGCCACCGCUGUCGUCGCCGCUCCCGGUGGCCGCCCUAGCGAGGUCGAGUACGAACAGUGCAACGGUGGCGAGAUCCAGUGCUGCAACAGCUACCAGAAGGCCGACUCCCUCGACUAUAACACCUCCAAGCUCCUCGGCCUGUUGAACAUUGACGUUAAGCAGAUCACUGCGGGUGUUGGUCUCACUUGCACAGGCAUCAAUGCUGUCGGUAUUGGCGGCGGCUCCUCCUGCACCCAGCAGAAGGUUUGCUGCACCAACAACAAGUUCAACGGCGUCGUUGCCCUUGGCUGCAGCCCCAUCAACGUCUCCCUCUAAGGAGGAGCUUUCACAUUAUCUCCGUGACCUUUCACGACACAUUCCUUACCCGACGUCGCCCUUUGCUUCGUUCUCUAUUGAUAUAGCCUUCUAGUUACCACUUAUCUCCUAAAUAAUACACCUUUUCCUCAUCAGC